CAACACUCAGCACUACCAAGAAACAUAUCAAACCAAAAUGUAUGCAGACUUAAACAUCCCAUGGCCAACUACACAUCUAAUACAUUUAUUUAAUCAACAACAACAACAACAACAACAAUCAUCAAAAAAAGGAAAAUCAAAAUCAAAUCAAAACCAAUCCAACAUCAAAGAAACCUUAAAUAUUUGGAAAGGAAUCGAACCCAACGAAAAACAAAAAUUAAGAGAAAGAGUUGAAUGUGCCAUCAAAUUGGGUUAUAGUGUGAUAGCUUUUAAUUUAAUAAUUCCUCAAAACUUAGAUCCGAUUUUACUUUCAUCAUAUUUUCCAUUUCAUUCAAACGAACCACCUUUUCCAGAUCUAGAUCCACGUACUUCAACUAAAGUUUUCAAAAAUGGUUAUCAUCAUACGGUUUUACAAUUAAGUAGAUUGACUAUGGUGAUGGAUGAAAGUGUUGCUUCAGGUGGUAAAGGUGUCUUUGGGUUUUCAACUUCUCAAACAAGUUAUUUAUCCAAAUAUUCACUUCUUUCAGCCAUGCCAUUAGAUGCCGGAUCUUUCAGUCAUGCUUGUUUAUCUUUAUCACCACCAACUGCUUCAGGUAUAGAUAUCAUCACCCUAGACCUCUCAAGUGCCCCAAAACUUCCAUUUCAAAUGUCACUCUCAACCGUUUCAAAAGCACUAGAAAACAACGUCGGAUUCGAAAUCUGUUACAGCCCUACCACAUCAUCUAAACCGAUCAAGACAACUUACUCAGCCUAUACCUUUCCAUGUGCUUCGGUCUCGUCAUCAAAUCAUCCAAACCAUCAUCCAGUCUUACGAAACUUUUCAGCUUGUGCAAAAGAUUUAAUCAGAGUCACUAAUCGUGGUAAAGGAUUGAUUAUCAGUUCUGGUGCUUUGAAUUGGAAUGAACUUAGAUCGGCUGAUGAUCUUGCAAAUUUUGCAAAUGUUUUAGGUCUUUCACAAGAUUCUGCUCGUCGUACAUUAACAAGUCAUCCAAAAUCCAUUGUAUCAAAAGCAAUUUCAACCCGACAAACACAUAAAGGAGUGAUUUCCAAUCCAGUACUCAUCACUAUCACAACCCAAGAAACCCAAGAAACAGAAGAAAAAACAGAAGAUCAAAAAACAGAAGACCAAAACGAUCCAAGUUCAUCAAUACCCAAUUCACUCAAACGUCUCAACCCUCCAAGCCCUUCACCACCACUAACCAAAUCAAUUCACCCAGAUCCAACUCCCAAUCAACCAAAUCAAACUCCAAACGAUCGACCAAACAAGAAACAAAAAAAAGAAACUCGAUCAAAGCUUAAUCUCUAA